UCCAUAAUAAGGGCAGUUCAGAGUUCUGUUUGAAGAUGAUAGACAUAUAGGAGACUCCUGAUUCUGCAGGCCGAUUCUGCAGGCCAUUUAUCUUGGGCCCUUGAAGUUGAUUGUGGAGAUGUUUGGAGUUAUCUGACACAUAAUACUUGCAUCAGCUGAACUGUGAUGUACUUCAAUGUGUCUUUCUGUUUAGAGGUGUACUUGGGCAUACAUUCCCGUAUCGGGUUUGUAAAUCUUCUCCCUGAUGGCUUCUCUUGGACCCUUUUGAGGUACAUUCAUGGCGACCAAAGAGUUCAUUCUGCUCAACGACUUGUCGCACUGAAGGCAGAAUGCAACUCAAAGCUGGCUGUUGCUCUUACAAUUAUGGAGGAGUGCUUUCUCUCUAUGGUGGAUUCAAGAACAGGCAUAGACAUGAUACCCCAUGUAUUGUACAAUUGGGGAUCACAUUUUGCACGCCUAAACUAUAUUGGAUUUCACACAGUGGUUUUAGAGAAAGAUGAUGUGCUGAUGUGUGUCGCAUCAAUCAGGUAGUUUUUAUUAGCUGUAAUCUUCUCUGUGAAAUCUAUUUCAAUUUGUAACCUUUUGCAGUUAGUGCUAAUGAAAUUAUAUUAAAGACAAUUUGUAAGCUGUACCCCAUAUUUAUAAAUAUUUGUUUCUCCAUAUUUUGGGGUUUGGAUGUAAAGCUUCUGAUUUGAAACAUACAUUAGUACUCUAGAUAUUCUACCAGAAGUGGCUAUGUAGGUCUCGAGUGAAAAUACUCCCUAUUCACCUGGGCAUUGAAGAAAUUAUGCUGAGAGUAAUGUAACAAAUUUAGGUUAUCUUAUUUCUGAAUUUGGGUUACAUAGAAAAUUCCUAUAUUUUUUCUAUCCUUGAUCAUGCUAUUUAUAUUGCAAAUUCAGCUUUUAUUUAUUAUUUUUUUAAAUCAUGCUAUUUAUAUAUGGAGAGUAGACUUCAUAGUUAUUGUACCAUCUCAUGCAUCACCUAAGUACAGCUGGCAAAUGGUUGUUUUUGCCUUUAGAAUGAGAAAAGCUAACUUGGUAUAUGGUUUUGUACCUUUUUGGUCAUUUUCUCUGCGGAUUGUCUUCUGGAUCCCUUUAUAGUUAUUACGUUGAAAGCAAGAAUUCUAUGAUGCUUCUUUUCUCCUCAUGUACAAGAUAUCGUGUUGAAUAUUUUAUCUACUAAUAUUUGUUUAACCGAUAGUUUCCUAUUGUUACUAUGGACUGUUGGUACCAGUCCUGCCUUGGCA